CCGCGUGUUCGCGACUCUGAUGGCCAAGAACAAGGAAAGCGUCACCGAAAUAAUGAGGACGGUUCCACACGCCAAAGCCUUGGAGAUACAGGCUGAACUGGACAAGUGGGUGAGGUUCCAGCUUGCCGAAGCUACCGGCGAGAACAAGAGCGGUAAUUCAGCGCAGGUAAAAGCGAAAGGGAGGCCUAAGAAAUCCAAGUCGGAGGGAUCAAAGCAGGACCGACACGAUGACAACGGUGCGCCUGCCGACAGCGGGUCUGUUCAACCAGUCGGUAACCCGGAAGGGCGGAGGGACAAGAGUCGGAGGGAAAAGAGGAUCAAAGAGGUCUGGUGCUGGGUCUGGAGCAACGACCCGUCGGCCUACCAAAGAGAAAACGUCGUAGCUUACAACACGUAGUCCCUAGUAACAAAUCAACGGCCGCGACACGUAGAUAGUUCGAAUCGUGUGCCGCCCUUGCCAUCUCGUUCCCGGCGUUGCCAGUCCAUAUCAUCUCGUGCGUGCUAACGCUGCACAGAUACUAGCGGGCAAUGCAGGCUGAGCCUGAUGUUUGGAAUUGCACACGACAAAGUACGCGCUAUGCGUGCUAUCUGGCCUUAUCUGUCUGCGCGUUUUUCCGUUUAACUUUCUGUCUUUGGCUAUUUUUUUUCGCUGGGCCGUGAUUAUGUUGGGGCGUUUGUUUCCCUACGUUAUGAAGGCGCAGCUAACCGAGUGUCGUAACUGGUCGCUAGCGUUGAAGACAAUGUUAGUCUUGCACGCAAUAUCUGUCAACAUCCUCUCCAA